AAGACAGUACACCCUGGAUACAAACAGCCACAGGAAUCGCCGUUACAACGAUAUGUGUUCUAGUUGGUGUCAUCAGUAUCGUUAUGGUAACGAUCGGUAUCGUCAAGUACUACAGGGAUACAAGAACUGCAGACGCGGCAGCUAGUUCCAACAGUACUAAACCGAGAGCUGAGGUUGAAGAAUCAGAUGACGUGUAUUCCUCAAACAAGCGGCCGCCACCAUAUUCACGCCAAGGGCGACGGGCAAAGCUACAAGCAGUGGCGGCAGCGUCGGCAUUCAGCAGUAAAGCUCCUGUAAGUACAGCGUUUGUCGUAGAGCCAGGAGGAGAUAUCAAUGCUUGGCAAAAGAAGGGUGAUUUUGUUAUUACCAAUCGUGAAUUUGAUGGAAGAGCGGUCGACCAAGCCUCUGGCCAAGUCUAUGAAUAUAGCACAAAGACUAAUGAACGACAAUGGAUUAAAACGCCCGACGGAAACCCAGUCAAGGUCGAUAUAGGAAAGACCGAUUAUGACAUAGAUGCGUAACUGUAUAUAUGUAUUCCUUAUUGCUAUUCAGGGUCGUAUUCAGGGAAAUAUCUAUGUAUGUGAUAAGAAUCAUACUACUGAGACAUAUUGCACGUUGUAAACAGUUGGAAAUUUAUCAUAAAAUUUCCGACGUG